CCCUAUUUCCGCAUAUCUCCUUCUCCGGCUAUUCCCUAGCCGUUUCACUCCUGCGGCUGCGACCAGCGACCUCGGCCGGCGAUUCUCACCGACGGGCGACGGCGAGAACCUUAUUGUUUCACUCCUGCGGCUGCGACCAACGCCUCUACUGAGUACUGCAAAAUGACAUCUCCUAGUUUGAACUAUAGUGGUAGUGCUGCUGGAUUUAAUGCCGAAUUUGAUUCACCAGUUGAGGAUCUCUGAAAAAAAAACAUGAUUUUCUCACUCAAACCUACUUCAAUUUCUUCUGCAACUACGAUGGGGAGAACUAUAAGCAGCUAUUUUUGCCCUGUUGCAGCUCGGCGUCUCCUCCAUACUUACUCCCCAUCUCCCAAAAAUGACGAUGUAGAUAUAAUCUUCCGCAUCGUCACUACAUCAAGAACUCCAGAGGACAUGAAACAGUCCCUGAAAUCAUCUCAAAUUUCUAUCUCAAAUGAAUUGAUUGACGGAGUACUCAAAAGGGCAAGAUUCUCUCACUCAAACCCAUUGACGGUCCUGGAGUUUUUCAAAUUUACUUCAAAGAGACGUGAGUUUUUCCAUACUGCUCUUUCUUAUGACACUAUGUUGUAUAUUCUGGGUAGAAACCGGAAAUUCGACGAAACAUGGCAAGUUUUAGUGGAAAUGAGGAGAAAGGACCAGUCUUUGAUUACUCCCAGAACUGUUCAAGUGGUUUUAGCCAGGGUGGCUAAGGUCUGUUCCGUCACGCAGACAGUUGAGUCGUUUUGGAAGUUCAAGAAACUUAUUCUCCACUUCGAUACCCAGUGUUUCAAUGCUUUGCUAAGGGCAUUGUGUCAGGAAAAGAGUAUGGUUGAUGCUAGGAAUGUGUACCACAGGUUGAAGAGGGACUUCAAGCCUAAUUUGCAGACCUUUAACAUACUCUUGUCAGGUUGGAAAUCAUGUGAGGAGGCCGAGGGGUUUUUCGCAGAGAUGAGGGAAUUGAGUUUGGAGCCAGAUGUUGUUUCAUAUAAUUGUUUGGUUGAUGUUUAUUGUAAGGGGAGAGAGGUUGAGAGGGCCUUUGAGGUUGUGAAGGAAAUGAGGAAGAGGGAUAUUGAUCCAGAUGUGAUAACUUAUACCAGUCUGAUUGGGGGUCUAGGGCUGGCAGGGCAACCAGAUAAGGCCAAGAAACUUUUGACAGAGAUGAGGGAGUGUGGAUGUUACCCUGAUGUUGCUGCUUAUAAUGCUGCCAUUAGAAAUUUCUGUAUUGCGAAGAGGAUUGAGGAUGCAUUUAAUCUAGUGGAGGAGAUGGUAAACCGGGGGUUGAGCCCAAAUCCGACUACUUAUAAUGUGUUCUUGAGAUCGUUUCAUUGGGCAAAUGAUUUGAAGCGUGCGUGGAGUUUGUACCAGAGGAUGAAGAGGACCGGGUGCUUGCCCAACACGCAAUCAUGUAUGUUCUUGAUCAGGUUGAUUAGGAGGCAGGAGAAUGUGGAGAUGGCACUCGAGUUAUGGAAUGAUAUGGUGGAGAAAGGGUUUGGCUCAUAUACAUUGGUGUCUGAUGUUUUAUUCGAUUUGCUUUGUGAUUUGGGGAAGCUGAAAGAGGCGGAAAGGUGUUUCUUGCAAAUGAUAGAGGCGGGGCAUAAACCUAGUUAUGUUGCUUUUAGGAGGGUAAAGGUUCUUAUGGAAUUGGCUAAUAAGCACGAGGCAAUUCAGAACUUGUCGGACAAGAUGGCUGCUUUUGGUUCCGCAAUUAAACUCAGGCUUGAGAGCGAGACCAAAUUUGAAACAUCGGCUUCUGCUAAGUUUCUAGAAUCACACACGAUGUGUUGAGGCAUUUUCCUCGCCACAUCCAUUCCACAACCCCAAAAUGGAAUAUGUGAUUCCCAUGUUCAUGAAAAAAUCACUUUUUGAUUAACAAAUUGGCAUAAACAUGAUUCCGAAGUCUCUUCCUUUCCAUUCUUCAUCUUUCUUAUCAGUGGAAGUAUGGAUAUGUUGCUGCUUAUAAUGCUGCUAUUUGCAUUACAAAGCAGAUUGGGGAUGCACUUAAUCGAUUCGAGGAGAUGGUAAAACAAUGAUUUGAAAGUCUUGGAGUUUGUACCAGGACGAAGGAGACUGGGUGCUUCCCAAACACACAGUCCUGUAUGUGUUUUGAUCAGGAUAUAGGAGAAUGUGGAGAUGACACUUAAGUUGUGGAAUGACAUGGUGGACAAAGGUUUUGGCUCACAUACAUUGGUGUCUGAUGUUUUUAUUCAAUUUUCUUUAUGAUUUGUGAAAGCUGAGAGAGGCAGAAAGAUAGUUUUGCUUUGCAUUUGUCUCUUAUUGGCAUUGCUUCAUAGACAAGAACUUAUUACUAUCAUUUUUUUUUUCUUAUUACUAUUCCUAUUACAUUCCGGAGAAACUUAGCAGAGAGCAAAGAAUCUCUUGAGCAGCAGCGAAAGUCCAAGACAAAACGACAGUUAGAUAACAGUGAUGUAGUUGACGAAGAAGCUGGUAUUCAUGAAAAAGAUUAUUUCUCAGGAUGAAUAUUAUAGAUCACGUUCAGCCAGCAUUAAGUGGUCAAAUGAGUGAUCAUAGGUUCAGGUUCAAACUCUGGUGGUAGUAAUUUAGAUUUUUUAGACUGAAAAUAUUUGAGAAAAUAUCUUUGGACACAAAAAAUUUGAGAAAAUAUAAAACAGAUACCAAUAUAUUACUUGUUCUUUGUUAUGGUGUAUUGAUGAAUAUUAUUUGUGAAUAGUGAAAAUAGCUUCCUCCUCCCCAUUUAUAAGAGUAAGAGGUGUAUUUAUACA